AUGUCGGUCGCUCUUCCGCUGUACGAGGACGAAGAGUGCAGCGACUACCUGCCUCCGUCUCCAAGACAGGUUUUGAGGAUCUCCAUCAACCUCAAAACCCUUAUUGACAAGGUUAUACCUAUUCCCCUGAAAGAAGAACAGAUCCUUGGCCUGGACUCGAUUAUUCUGACAGACAAGCUGAUCGCCGCGGUGUUGGACGCCGCAGGGGGCGAAGGCGCUUCCCGUAGACGGUAUCAGGCGUGUCUUGUGUUCUGUCUGCUCAAAGUCAGCGAAUGGUACUACUCUCUAACCGUCAAGGAGCUUUCUGACGACACUUUGUACGCAUCUAGGAUGCUGGCCGCACAGAAAAUUGCUGCCACGCUGAUCGAACGCGAGCAGGACGAGAAGUACCUGUUUAUCUCCAUGCUCUGCAACAGGUACUCCAUCAACCUCCACGACGUGGACUCUGCGCCUGAGAACGCCCUGGAGCUGGCUGUCGACACCCAUGCCACCAUCAUCAUCUCGUCGGGCGGCUACCAGAGAUGUCUGAAAUGGAUUUGGAGAGGCUGGAUCGUCCAGUCGUCCACGGAUUCGUCCAAUUAUGUUCUAUUCAGGGGGACAGGAAAUACAAGCUUCCUCAAGCACUUUGACCCGGACAGAAUCAAAACCCCACUGUACCAGAACAUUUUGGAAAUCACGUUCUCGAUUCUGUAUUUGGCUCUCUUCACCUUUCUUGUCAACACAGACACCAUCUCUUCCCAUCUGGGAGCCGUCGAGGUGGUGUUCUAUCUGUUCACCAUCGGGUUUGCGCUGGACGAGCUGGUCAAGUUCUAUCACGUUGGCUACUAUUACAUGCAGUUUUCCAACGUGUUCAACGAUGUGCUGUAUGCGAUCGUGAUUGCGUCGGCCUCUACGCGAUUCGUUGCGUUGGCUGCCCAUUCGCCAGACAAGCGCGACCAGUUCAACGUCAUCUCCUACAGACUUCUGUCGCUGGCUGCUCCGUUCAUGUGGUCUCGGCUGCUGCUGUAUCUUGACGUGUUGCAAUUCUGCGGAACCAUGAUAGUGGUGGUCAAGAAAAUGAUCAGAGAGUCGUUCAUCUUCUUCUUCUUGCUGGCCAUCAUCACCGUGGGCUUCUUUCAGGCAUUUGUCGGUUUGGACCAGGCAGACGGAAAGAGGGAGCUCACGUCAUUCUUGACCACCACGAUGGUUCAGACGGUUCUUGGUGGUCCGAACUUCGACACCAUUGAGCGCUUUGCGUACCCGUACGGAGCCAUUCUCUACUACGCCUACACCUUCAUUGUGGUUCUGGUCUUGCUCAACAUCCUCAUUGCUCUGUACUCUCAGGCAUAUGGAGACGUUGUUGGAAACGCUACAGACGAAUACCUCGCUCAGUACUCCGCCAAGAUUCUCAGAUACGUGCGUGCUCCAGACGACAAGACUUUCUGCCCGCCUUUGAACAUCGUGGAGACCGUGUUCCUGCAAUUGCCAUUCAGCUGGUGGCUCGACAGAAAGCUGUACCUUUCUCUGUGCGACAAGGUGAUGGUGGUGCUCUACCUUCCUGCGCUGCUGUUCAUUGCCAGCUACGAGGUCCAAGCUGCCAAACGAGUCGAGUACAACAGAAACAGAAAGGUUGCAGACGACAACAACGAGGAAGACACUCCUUGGGAUCUCACCGACGGCUUUGACCAUAACGACGAGAAUGGAGAUGGUAUCCGUGCAUCGAUCCAGACUCAGAGAAGGGCCGAGCAGGAAGAUCCAAGCUUUGCGAAGAAUUUCAAGGCUUGGGAAUCCAGUCUCGACAGGCUUGUUCCUCCUAUUGAGCCUAGUAAGGACGCGGGUAUUUCAUGGGAGAACUACGAAAUAUACCAUAAAUUGGACGAGCUGACGCAGCUUGUCAAAGCGUUGGAGAAAAAAUUGGACGCUAAAUAA